AUGACAUUUCACAAUUCGAGUGGUGAAAAGCGAAAUGAAAAGGUGAAAGAAAACCAGUUAGGUGUUAUCAUCGAAAUUUGUGAGCUGCAGCGGGGCCUCCGAGAACAUUACGUAAUGGAGUGCACCGACGGUGAGCAGCACCAACAGCAAUCGUUUUCGAAUGUUGGAAGUCCGGAAGCACCAAAUGUGGAUGCGCAUUUUGUUGCCAAGCACAACUUUUCUGCCGAAAUAUACCAGGUGAUUUUUUAA